AUGAGCGGCGAUUCGGCCCUCUUUAGCCCAAUCCACAUCGGCGAACUAGAACUUAGUCACCGCAUCGUUCUCGCACCUUUAACGCGCUUUCGUGCCAAUGCUGCUCAUGUCCAUGGCGCACUCGCUGUCGAGUACUACGAGCAGCGGGCGGUUCGACCGGGCACCUUACUCAUUACGGAAGCCACGUUCAUUGCAGCUGAAGCUGGAGGAUACAAGAAUGUCCCUGGUAUUUGGAACCAAGAGCAAAUAGAUGCUUGGAAGAAGGUUACGGAUGCCGUUCACGGGAAACGAUCUUUCAUUUAUUUGCAACUAUGGGCACUAGGUCGGCAAGCGGAGACCACAGUGUUGGAAGAGGGAGGAUUUCCCUAUGUUUCGAGCUCCGACACGGCUAUGAAGGGAAAACCAGCACCUCGAGCACUCACGACGGACGAAGUGAAGAAGUAUAUCGGUCUGUAUCAAAAGGCUGCGGAAAAUGCCAUCGAGGCCGGUUUUGACGGAGUAGAGAUACAUGGGGCGAACGGGUAUCUUAUUGACCAAUUUACUCAAAAUGUCUGCAACAAACGGACAGACGAAUAUGGUGGAUCUAUCGAGAACCGAACUCGCUUCGCCCUGGAGAUCACAGAGGCCGUGACGAAUGCUAUCGGUCAGGAGAGAACGGGAAUCCGGCUAAGCCCGUGGAGCAAGUUUGGAGACAUGAGAGAGCAAGAUCCAGUACCCACAUUUACCUACCUGAUUCAGCAACUUCGAGACAGGUUCCCACGACUAGCCUAUCUUCAUCUCGUCGAGCCGAGAAUAGGGGGCGACAAGACGGCUGGCCAAAGUGCGCAGGAUUCCAACAAUUUUGCACGCCAAAUCUGGGGUGAACGCCCAUUCAUAUCUGCAGGAGGGUAUACCCCGGAGACCGCAAAUCAAACUGCGGACAAGUAUGGUGGCUUGAUUGCCUUUGGCCGGUGGUUCAUUUCGAACCCUGAUCUUCCACAUCGGAUUGAGAUUGGGGCACCUCUGAAUGAAUAUGACCGCAAGACGUUCUAUAAGCGGGAAAGCCCAGAGGGUUACAUAGAUUAUCCAUUUCUCGAUCAAGGCAGGAGCAAGCUCUGA